AUGAGGGAUCUCGUGCUGGCCAUGCUGCUAAGUCUGAUUGUGACACUGGCUGUUCAGGCUCGAAAGGAGCAAUCCAAGGAGUUCAACUUGAUCCAGUUCUUAGGGAUCUGGUAUGAGGUGGCCAUAGCGGCCAAGCCUGAGGACCACACCAGGCCCCCAAGACUGCAGAGGAUGGGGGCGGUGAAGGUAGAUCUGGCAGGUUCGGGCCUAACCUUGACAGCCACCCAUGAUGACAUGAAACACUGCGUGAAGGAGGUUGCCCAUAUUCAGCGCCCCGAGUCCAUGAAGUUCCGGCUGCAGAGAAAGACUGGCAACAAAGACGUGCAGCUGCUGAACACCGAUUACUUGAACUAUAUCAUCCUGGAGAUGUCUGAGCAGAGUCGGACCCUGGAGACCACCCAGGAGGCACUGAAGAAGUUCCACAUGGAGGCUGAGAAGAGGGGAAUGGCCCAAUCUGACGUGCACCAGCUGGCCAGGGACACUUCUCCUGAGAAACCAUCUCACAGCUCCUAA